ACCCUCUGCGUUAUUCACAGGUUGUAAACAUGGCGACAACGAAGACCGACGAAGAUGUGGACUUUAAAGGAGAAAAUGAUGAAGGAAAACAUCCUGAAGGAAAUUUGUUGAACUUUGAGCCAGAAGUCCCUGUAGAAAGUAUGUUGGUACCCACAGAUAAUUUCGACUCCUUCGAACAGGAGGCUCCUCCGGACCCAAGCAACCUCAAAGUUGACAGCAACCUUGCAGAAUGUCAGAAUAAUGAUAAUAACACCGUGGAUGACGACAAGUUGGACCCAGACACGAGUGGUGCGAGUCGGUCAAUCAGUGAGCUGAGUUUAGCGAGCGAAGAAAGCACUGACCACCAUGGUGAGGAAGAGGUAACCAACAAUGAAGAAUGGCGCUCUCAAGAAAAACAUGUAUUCAUUCUAAGUUCUGCUGGAAAACCCAUAUACUCACGCCAUGGCUCAGAAGAUAAAUUGGUCACAUUAUUUGGAGUGAUGCAAGCAUUAGUAUCAUUUAUUGGUGAUGAUGGAGACGUCAUCCGUUCCAUUCAUACUCAGGGAACUUUGUUUGUAUUUUUAAUAAAAGGUCCAAUUAUGCUCGCUUGUGUUUGUAAAACAAGGGAAAGUGUAGCCCAGAUUACUGUACAGUUAAAUUAUGUCUACAGCCAAAUUGUAAGUGUAUUAACUUUACAACAGUUAACAAGAAUAUAUGAACAACGUAGAAAUUAUGACCUGAGAAGACUUUUAGCAGGAGCUGAAAGACUAAUAGAUCACAUGUUAAUUGCUCUUGAAACCCAACCUGCCCUGCUACUUGGUGCAGUGCAGUGCCUUCCUCUUGUGCCAACCACCAGGGAUGCAAUUACUAAUAUCAUUGUCUCUAGCUGUAAUAAAAUCAAGAAUUUGGUAUUUGCAAUAUUAGUUGGAGGUAACCAACUGGUUACAUUAAUCCGUAUGAAGAAGUUCUUCCUACACCCAGCAGAUCUUCAUUUAAUCCUCAAUCUAGUCAACAGUUCUGAAAGUUUUAAGGCUGCUGAAAGUUGGACUCCUAUUUGCCUGCCCAAAUUUGACCCAAAGGGUUUUCUUCAUGCUCAUGUCUCAUACCUAGCUGAGGACUGUGAAGCAUGUUUACUUCUCCUCACUGUAGAUGCUGAUCUGUUUUUCCCUUUAUCAGAGGCAAAGCAGAAGAUUGUUGAGAAAUUACGUCGCGCCAGUUUACUGCAGUCAAUUAACUCAGCAUUGGCACACCCAGGAACCCCUGUAUCACAACUAGGUGUUCCAGAAGCCCGUCACUUCUUGUAUAAGUGCAAAGCUACUGCUCAAUUUUGGGGACCUGUCCCUGCUCCCCCCUAUCAAACUGCAGAGGGCGCAAAGAGGUUGCUUGAUCAGUACCGCAUUUUACAUCAUCGCUUACAUGCUCCCAUGCAGCCUUUAAAGCUGCUGUAUCUCCAGGACCACGCUGAAACAAUGCUAGGCUGGGUUACCACUGGCUUUGAACUAUAUGUGGCUUUUGAACCACUUGUGACCAAGACCAAUGCAAUUAAUGCAGUCAACAAGAUCUUGAGAUGGAUCAAGAAGGAUGAAAAUGGACUGUUUAUUACUAAUGCACCUACAUUUUAGGUCAUGUUGGGUGUGUGCUAUAUUCCAUGUUACAGUAAAAUUAUCAUCUAUUUAUCUAUCUUCAUGUGAUAUUCAUUUUGCUCAUUCGCAGCUAUAAUUAACUUUUAAUUUAUAGAUAGUUUGCUAUGAUCUUGAUUUGUGUACAUAUUCCCAUCUCUUGUUUUCUUUAUCCCUUCCCUUCUUUGAAAUGUACAACUUUCCUGUGAUGAACUGUUAAAAUGAAUUGGUUUAAUUGUUUUUUCUUGUCUAAAACGUUGACUUUUUAAAGAAGGAUUCAGAGUUCACCUGAUUGACCAUAGAAUACAAAUAGCAAGCCGUAUUCUUGGAAGUAAUAAAAAUCCCUAAUGAGUUGAAAUACUGUCAUGAGCAUACCAUUCAUCUGUUAAUCAAAUUUCAUUAAUGCUCAUCACAUUGAUUAUGCAGAAAGGAAAAAUAUAAUGAAGUUUUAUAAGUAAAGAAGAAUAAUAUCA